UCACAAUGCUGCUUAUUAUCUACGUAUACGUUUAGACAACACAUAAGCAGCAACACAUAAUGCAUCGCAUUUACUUGCAGCUGGUAUAUAAGUACUGCCCUUUCGUAGUCUCGUCGACCGGUGGUAUGUUGUUAUACUUUUACCUUUGAACCACAUAAGGUCAAGGACUUCCCUGCCUGUAGUGGAUUGUGGACUAGGUGAGGUGAGUGGUGUGGACUGGUUUAUUGUUUUGCUGGAGACCAUGCCAUCUGUCAGACAGUUCCAACCGGCCACGGUUCCUACUCUGCUAUUCAGGGCCUAACUGUUUUCGAAUCUCGUGCAACUGAAGGGCAUCCCUAGAGACAAACUGUUUCAACAUGGCGAAUGGGACAUCAGGAAUAUGCAAUGGACUUGUGAGAUUCUGGAAAUCCAUCGCACUUCUUGUGACACCUGCGAUCUUCAGUCCACUGCCUAUCUACUUUGCGACAACAGAACACAGCAAGGUCGCGGCAUGUGGGUAUGUUGUGAUCAUCAUGGCGGUGUACUGGGCCACAGAAGUCCUACCUUUAGCCGUGACAGGUCUCCUUCCCAUCGUGUUGUUCCCCAUGCUGGGGAUCCUCUCAGCAAAGACCGUCUCCAUCAACUACGCACAGAACGCCACCUUUCUACUGGUUGGAAGUCUGAUAUUUGCGAUAGCCAUAGAACGGUGGAACCUCCACAAGAGAAUAGCUCUGAGGGUGCUGCUGGCUGUUGGAGUGGAGCCAAAACGUCUACUGUUGGGAAUGAUGUCAGCCACGGCGUUUUUGUCCAUGUGGAUCAGCAACACAGCAACCACUGCCAUGAUGAUCCCCACGGCUGAGACCAUCAUUUCUGGGUUGUCUUACGAUGUCGAAGCCGACCGCCAGGAGAAGCAUGUCCAGGCCAAGAAGAUCUCACUUUCAAAUGAGAAAACAGGUCUUCUGUCGGCCAGAACGUACGGAAAAGGGCCUUACAGGACACCAGAGGACUUAGUGAGAAUAGUUGAACAUGAUGACGCCGAGGACACGUAUGAAGAUGAGGAGGGACCAUCCGAUCGUUCGGCAGAACAGGCCGACAAGAUCGCGAAAGGCCUGUUACUGGGUACCUGCUAUGCUGCCAACAUUGGAGGCAUGGCUACUCUGACUGGGUCCUCCACCAAUCUGCUGGCUGUGGAAGUUAUUGAAGCGAUUUUCCCCAAGAGUAACGGUAUCGACUUUGCCACCUGGUUCUCAUUCGGCUUCCCAACGAUGGUUCUGAUUCUCAUUUUGGCCUACUUCUAUCUACAGUGGCUGUUUCUUGGAUGCAGUUGCUUGCUGGGUUGCAUGAAGCGCGAAAGAUGCAGAGGUCUUUGUCAGAGAAACCAGAGCAGUGCAGCUUACCAAGUGGUGCAGAAACAGUACAAGGAGCUGGGACCACUGUCUUUCCCCGAGAAAGUUGUACUUUUCCACUUCGUCCUGUUGGUUCUCCUGUGGUUUUUCCGCGACAUGAGGUUUGUACAUCUAGAGAACGAUCGUGCUGCAGGAUGGACCUACUUCUUCAGGCGGGGCUAUGUAACAGAUACAUCAACCGUCAUGCUGGUUAUCAUCCCACUUUUCUUCUGGCCAUCCAGACCUCCAAGCUUCCUCUGCUGCAGAAAUAACGAAGAUGCACAAUCCUCCGAGCCAGCUCCUCCCAUCUUAGACUGGUCUACAGUGAGCAAGAAGAUGCAGUGGGGACUUGUUUUUCUCAUAGGAGGAGGUUAUGCACUUGCAGAUGGGAUCAAGGUUUCAGGACUGUCCAGUAUGAUGGGGCGGCUGUUCAAGUCUGCCUCCGGGUUCCCUCCCGUCGCGCUGGUGCUCACCGUCACCACCAUUGUCUCCUUCACGACGGAGUUAGUCAGUAACGCUCCUGUCGCCGCCAUCGUGCUGCCAAUCCUCGCCUUCUUGGCUGAGGGCAUCUGCAUGCACCCCUAUUACCUGUUGGUCCCGGCCACCAUCAGCUGCUCCUUUGCCUUCAUGCUGCCGGUGGCGAACCCUCCCAAUGCAAUCGUCGUUUCAUGCGAGAGAAUCCAAGUGUAUGAUAUGAUAAAGAGUGGCUUCUUGUUAAACCUGAUCGGCAUCCUGGUGAUAAACGUGGCCAUCAACACGUACGGAUUCCCCCUGUAUGAUCUAGACACUCUCCCCUCCUGGGGGAAGGGCUACUGUCAGCACAACCUCACAACGACCAUGACCUCAUCCUCGGCUCUUCUCAAUACCACCCUCACUCCAGGUGUAUGACCAACGUUUGGGAUCAAAUUGUAAAGUUAAUAGAUAGCUUGAAAUUCUACUUGCUAAUCUCGUUGUCAAUGUGCCAAAGUUAUACCCCCUUUUCACUAGGACGGCGCUCUCGCCGCGCUCUCUCAGUGACCUAUUUGACAGAUCGCUCAACGAAUUGUAUAGAAAAUAGAUUUGUAUUUUACAUUUUGUAUGUUUUGUUGUCCUCUCAGCCACACCUUUACAUGCUGUAUGAUAUACCCAGUAUGAAAUGAAAGGUUAUACAUAUCCUAUUUAGGUCGCAGUGAGAGUGCAUCGCGAUCGAUCGCCGUCUAGUGGAAAGGGUAACUUAAUGACGAAGAGCUCAACAUGUGAAAACAGUGGUUAUUAAAGCAUGGAAGCGUACAUUGUAGACAUAAUAUAUGAGCGGAACUUUUCACGCCGUGGCUGUAUACGUGCUACUUGUAUCAUUACACAGACAACAACGCGUUAACGUUAGGCCACGGAUGUCAUCUUUGUUUCUCUUCUCAUGUUGUAGAGACAAAUAAAAAUGUUAACAUCAAA